AUGAAGCUUUCCAGCUCUCCUCUUCUCCUUGCCACCUUUGCGGCCACCACAGCCGGGGUCUCUGCUGCGCUCGUCGCCUUCGUCGGCCCCGUCCAAUGUGCGAGCGAGAUCGUCUCGCACGAGGGCUUCAUCGGCGCAGACAACAACGUCAAGUUCUCGGCAUCGCAUUGCAACGAUCUCACUCGCGUUACUGCGAACGGCCUCGAACUCUCCAGGCGCCAGAACAGCAGCGAUGUCUGCGGCGCCGCGUGUGAUACUUCCUGCUUCCCGGGCAGUAGUGGCGGCCCGAACCAGGCCGACUGCAAUGUCAUCGCGGAUGCCCUCCUUUACGACAAUCAAAACAUCGGUCCGCUGUUCAACAUCACGGCGUCUGGGACCGCGACGGACAAGAUCACGAUGCAAUACAAGUCGUGUCUGACCUUCUUUCUGAACCAAGACUCUUCCGACCUCGAGUACUGCCGUGAUGAUUGGUCCUCGCUCGUCACUUGGCUGUCCUCUGACUGCGAUGCCGCGAACAACGCUCACGGUGGUCUCUGCGUUCCCACCGACCAGAGGUGGUUCGUUCAGUACGUGUUGAGAUAG